GCUUGAUUGCGUAUGUGUGUAUGUGAGUGUACGUGUAUGUUGGUAUGUCUGUAUAUACGUGUACAUGUGUGUCUGUGUGUGUGUGUGAGAAUAUUGUGUCAGUCAUACCAACCUGAAGAGUUCCUACUAUAUUUGUGAUUUUGACGAAAUUUUUGGAUGUGUAACAAGUUGUCACUCCUAUGGAUAGGCGUUUGUUGAGACGGAGGAACUCAGAUUCCGUUUUCCUUUGCAUUUUUACCAAUCUUUCUAUCUUCUCAUUAACCUUUGAUUGAUUUUUCAAUCAAAUUCUUCAGACUAUCGAAUACAUUACCAACAAGUUAUUCUUGAAUAUUAAAAAAACACAAUCAGUCAAAGGAAAAUAAGUUUCUCGGCACGUGCUAAGAUUUGACUUUGCAUCAGUUUUUUAUAGUUCCUUAAUAAACCAGUAGUUGACUUAUUGAGAAUUGAUUCAUGGAACAUUUUUCUUUAAUCAUCAAAAUUUGUUCCCAAUAUUUGGACUUACCAUUUGGUUGAUUUCUACAACAAUAUAUUCUUUAAUUUUCUGAGAAAAAAAAACAACAAAAAUAUAAAAAGAGGAGCAACAAAAACAACGGGUUUUACGAGCUUUCACGGGGCAGCUAGCAAUGACCAUCACAGGAGCCUUUAGCAUCGGCCUAUUGGUGUGCUCCUUGAUACCAUGUGCCGGAACAGUGGAGUCUUUGAUACAGUACACCUCCACCUCCAGUCCUAGCCAAAUGCCAGACCUAACCACUGAACGAAACCGAGUGCAAACGAGAGCAGUUAAAGAUGAUAAGAACGUGGAACUAUACUUUGCAAUCACCAAAAUGCUGGAACAGCUCAAUGUCUUGUCACCCAAUGCCAAAUCAUGCUACAUCCUCAAAAACGUCGAACCAAGCAACGUAAAACCAGCUAUUGAUAAAACCGUUGAAGUACGACUGGUAUUUACUGUUGUGUCUGCUCAGUCCAGUUCUUCUGGCAAUAAUAAACCAAAGGAAGAUUCCAAUAAUAGCAAUCGUAGUUCUUCCGAAUGUAAAAAGCUACUUGCUCUAUCGAUGCAGCAAUCAUCUCUAGGGAGUAAUUCAGGGGCUAAUGAUUCAGCCAACAAUUCAGCGGGAUACAGUGCUCCACAUACAGAGUACGGAAAUGAAUCAGGUCAAAUAGGAGAGGAGAUUGACCAGGGAACAAAGAUGAGUCGAGGCAAAAGAGGACUCAGCCGCACCCAGAUGUUCAUCAUUGUCACCUGCUCGUCAGUAAUAGGUUUGUUCUUCCUGGUAGCAGCAAUCAUAAGAAUCAGAAACUAUGUACACCGAUUACGAGAAGAGCAGGCCAUUGCUAAGAGACCUACAUUUCGGAGCUGCAAUGUAGCACUACGAAACUCCACUGGUUCCAGUGAAUUACUCCGGAGAGAGACAGGGUCUAGUGCUUCGCCGAGCAAAGUUGAAGAUGAAAGGAAUUCUGGGAAUGGUAAUUCUAUCCAGAACUCCCCAAAACAAACUGCCAGCACUGACAACCCAAUGUAUCUAAUAACGCCACAAUUGCCGCAAGCAGAUGACAAGACAGCUUCCGUACAGUCUCCAGCAUCGUCGAUUAAGUAUAUCGAUGAAGAUGACACAUCAAAGAAGGGUUAUGAAACUGAUGAAGCUGAAGACGAAGGAGAAAGUGAAUCAAAGCCUCUUCUAGCAUCAGAAGUGGCAAAUUCUAAGGAUAACGACAGUAAAGAGAGCAACGUUGCACCUGUGCAGUUUGGAAACUCGUUAGCAUUUGAGAAUUUCCCCAAUAAUAAUAAUGCCAAUACUACAGAAGAAAAUGUCAAUGAGGACCUAGCUGAGAUGGCUUCUGAAGAUGCUACAAGCCUAAACCAAAUUCCAGUAUCAAAUGCCAAUAUUGCAUCACCGGAUAUAGCCUGGUUAGAACAAGCAGUCGAAGACUCUACUCUGGGUUCAGUAACUGCUGGACUCACCCAGUCUGACUCAAGCCUAUCUUCUAGUAAUAAGUUCUACUCUUAUGGCACUGGUCAGUUAGAGUAUGUAUCCCCUUAUCAAGGGCCAAGUGGGGAGUAUGCAAGUAGCAGUUCUAUAAGCUCACCUUCUUCAGAAAAAGGUCCACAUGUUCUCUAUCAGCCUAUUCUACCAGGAAAGACGAAUGAUGGGUCAAGCAGUGUUUCACCUGCUUUCAGAGACAACAUUGAUGAUAACGUUCUCGAUAACGAACAGGAGAUCAUAAAUUUGCACCCGUCUCUGUUGGACAGUAACAUCGACCAAACAAUAGUGACUGACACCGAGAUCUUCAUUGACAAUCUCGCAGACAAUGAAGAUUUGUGUACGGACAAUAACAAUCCGACAGAUAACUUCAAUGACCUGCCUUGUAAUAUGAUUAUCUCUUCUGAACAAGACAGCCGGAAAGAGAACUCAGACUCUUGUGUUGUAAUGGAUAUUGAGGGUAACUACACACAUCCAACGAACGACUUCAUUAGCUGCAAUGUUUCACCAGCAGCAAAAAUUAACACCGAAAACCAACCCCAGAUAGACACUGAAGACGAAAACCCUUGUGAACAUACCACCUCUUCACUACCUCCUUCCCCAACUUCUUCCACAAGAUCGACGCCCGGCAUUAUGGGAACUUUACCUCCUAUGGCAACUGGAGAAUCUGAAAUGCUUUAAUCUCACUUCAUUUCCAUGUUAAUAUCUUGUGAAGAGAUUGACCAAUAAUCAAUACGUUCUCAUCUCCCCUCCUCUCUUAUCUAACUUAUGUGUGAGCAUGUCUAUGUGUGUGUGUGUAUGUAUGCGCGUGUGUUAUACCUCUCUACAAAAUGACUAGAAUAAUAAAACAUAGGUUAUGACAUGUACAUAAAUGCAUUGCUAUAAACUUACAAGAUUGUUAAGACACCCAGUAUUUGGUAGCUUUCCAAACAUAAGCACCACAUUACCAAAAUUAUAUGCAUAAAUUAUUUAAAAUUACAAAUCAUAUAUUGGAGAAUAAAAGAAUACAUUAUUUUAAUUUUAGAAACUAUUUCAGUAUUCAUACACAUAU